UCUGUUGCCAUUCGUUCCGUUAAAUGCGGUUAUGUUUAUAUAUAAGUAUUUUUAUAAAUUUGAAGAAGGAUAAACUAAGCGACAAUGUUAACAAUUAAAUUCGCACCGUUCGUUCUCGCGAUAUUUCUUAUCAGUUUACAAUCGGCGUGGUCUUCGUCAGCUUACUUCCUGCAGCAAGGAGAUGUCGUCCAGCACAGGCAGGAGCAGGACAGGUUCCAGAUAUACUGCUAUCGGGGAAAACCAAAGUACAUCAUCCAUCUGUGGCAGACGGUUAUGUUGCAAGUGGAUUUGAAAAAUGAUAAUUACUUGACGUACGAAGGACCCACUUCAGAUGCUGUGUUGAAGGAAUAUUUGGCACACAGAUCCAGUUGGAGCCUGAACUUGUUCUCAUGGAAGCAGAAGCAAGUCCGAUUGGAUCCAUUUAAUCAGAGCUGCAUUGGCAUCGACAGCAUGGAGGAGUACAAAGUGUACUUGAAUAUAAUCAGGAUUGAUUACUGGAAGGUGCUGAGGAUGGCUGUGGGCAUUUUUCUGUUUCUCUCCGCUAAGAAGUUGAGCAGAAACACACUGUUCUAUUAUUUGUGUGGAAUCAGCUUCGGAAUAUGCGCUUCCUUUUUGAUACUCAUCUAUUUUAUAAGUAAACUUUUCCCUAGGAAACCUAUGAUGUACGGAGUAGCAAUUUGCGGUUGGACCGUUGGAAUCUACAUUGUGCAAAUGCUUUGGGAAAACAUCCGUGUGAUCCUUUUGAAUUAUCAAACUCACGUCGCGUGUUACGCUUUUAUUACUGGAAUUAUCUCUUUUAUCGUUUGUUAUUGGUUUGGACCUGUGAAGAACGAGAGGACGCACAACAUAAUCCAAUGGACUUUGCAGACGGCAGCUUUGGUUUUGGUCUUCCUUAGUAGUCAAUUUCAGGAGGCGGCGAUGGGACAGAUUGUGCUUCUGGUCUUAGGUCACAAUUUCCCGAAGCGAUGGAUAACGAAAUCGCAGGCAAUUUGGAAGCGGCAAUUCCCGCCGAAAAUCAAUCUGAUUUCUGAAGAGCAGUACCACGAGCAAGGCGUGAAGGAGACGACGAAAGCCAUAGAGGAUUUACGUAAAUUCUGCUCGAGUCCGGAUUGCAAUCAGUGGAAGAUGUUCUUGAAACUGAAGGAUGGAAAACGCUUCGCUUCGUUCAUGGAAGGAGAUUCGCAUCUGUCGGAUCAGGAGAUGAUCGAUUACGAGUAUUCUAUAACGGGAGAACCGUUCGAAACAACCGAUGACGAAGACGAUCUUAUGACUGAGGAGGAGGACUGAUGAGGGUGUUUUCUUUUUUUUUGUGUACAGAAUAUUUUACAUUUUGUAAGUUAUAAUAAUCAAUAAAAGAAU